AUGAGUGGAAGCGGCGGCUACUACAAGUACCGAUGCAAGUACUUCUAUACUCAUAACUGCCCUAAUUGGGUUUAUGUCAACAACUCGCCUUGCGCAAACUGUUGCGCCGAAGGGCGAGACGUUGAAGGAGCGCUUCCCGAGAGGUAUUCGCACGAUAUAUGCGUCCCUCGAGUCGAGGACGGCAUCGUCCACUACACGCUGAUGGAGAUCGUCGCCACGGACGAGCCUGGCAACCACUGGAUGCUUAGGUACAAGGUCAAUCAGACUCAAGUUCCCACCGUCAUGACCACCAGUGCCACCCCUGGACCCCCGGCCCCAGCGACUAGUUUCUAA